CGUGCCUACGUAAACGUGUUUGUGUGAGCGCUACAUUAGGUGGACACGGACACUGCAUCAGCCUGAGACACGCCGGGACAUAAUAGAGCCGAGAUUUGGGGCUUUGGCGCCUGCUUCCUCCCUUUUUUUUACUCCAGAAGCCCAGGGCACUGCAUCCACUCGAGACAUGUAGCUCGUGUGCGAACAGAAAGGCGAUAUUAGCCUUCGCUUCUUAUUUUAGCAGCAUCCUUUUACGAUAACAACAUAAUGAGGCUCGCACUAGCGGAGGAAAAAUAACCAAAAUGUGGAUACCUACAGAGGAGGAGAAAAUCGGAGUUGUGAUCUGCAACUUCCGGUCACCAAUAUGUCAGGCUUUGGUGCUGGAGAUCGGGGAGACUGUACAGAUCCUGGAGAAAAGUGAAGGAUGGUACAGAGGCUUUUCCACCAAGAAGCCUUCCAUCAAGGGCAUCUUCCCAGCCAGCUAUGUCCACCUGAAGAAAUCCACCGUGAUCAACAGAGGGCUGUGUGAGACGGUGGUGCCCCUGGAGGACCCCAUCAUCACAGAGACCACCUCCACACUGCAGGAGUGGGGGGUGCUCUGGAAACAGCUCUAUGUGAAACACAAAGUGGACCUGUUUCAUAAACUCCGUCAUGUGAUGAAUGAGCUGAUUGACCUGCGCAGACAGCUGAUCCAGGGACACCUCGCACAAGACCAAACCAGAGAGAUCAAACGCCACAUCACCGUGCGCCUCGACUGGGGCAAUGAACACCUUGGUUUAGACCUUGUUCCCAGAAAGGACUUUGACAUGGUGGAUCCAGAUCAGAUCAGUGUCUCGGAGCUCUAUAAAAUGCAUGUCUCCAGCCGACACUGUGGCCAGCAGAGCACAAACCAGGGUGACAGCACAAAACAGCGGCAUGGUGACAGUUGCCGUGUCCCGGUGUCUCACCAUCUCUUCAUCAACCUGAAGAGCUUCACCUACAACAGCAUCAGUGAAGAUGCAGACGUGUACUUCUCUCUGUACGACACACGAGAGGCCAAGCAGAUCAGUGAGAAAUUUAUGGUGAAACUCAACAAAAAUGGAGGACCAAAGAAUCCUGAGAAAGUAGAUCGACUGUGUGCUCUCUUUACGGACCUAAGCAGUAAAGACUUGAAGAGAGAGCUCUACAUAGUUGCACAUGUCAUAAGAACUGGUCGAAUGCUGCUGAAUGAUUCAAAGAAAGGACCUCCCCAUGUGCAGUACAGACGGCCUUAUGGCUGCGCUGUUCUUGCCAUGAGCGAUGUUUUCCACACCAUCACAGAUCUCAAAGAGGAGAAAGACUUUGUACUCAAGGUUUACACAUGCAACAAUGAAAAUGAGUGGUACCAAAUACAUGAAAACAUCAUCCGCAAGUCCAACACCAAGUACUCCGCUCCAAGCACAAACUACGGCUUGAUCAUCUCCCUACAGCUGCUGAGGGGCGAGCUGGAGCAGAUCCGAAGAGAAAACCAAGCCGUCUUCAACAGGGCCCUGGCUAUAACGCGUAAACUAGGCUUCCCAGAUGUCAUCCUGCCAGGUGACACACGAAAUGACCUGUACUUGACCCUAGAGCGAGGCGAGUUUGAGCGAGGAGGAAAGAGCGUCCAGAAGAACAUCGAAGUAACACUAUAUGUCCUAUAUGCUGACGGGGACACGCUCAAAGACUGCAUCAGUUUGGGCACUGGUGAGCCCAACACGUCUGAGUACCGCUCGUUCGUCCUGUACCACAACAAUAGCCCGCGCUGGAGUGAGAUGGUCAAACUGCCCAUCCCCAUCGACCGCUUCAGGGGGUCCCACCUGCGCUUUGAGUUCAGACACUGCUCCACUAAAGAUAAAGGAGAGAAGAAACUAUUUGGUUUCGCAUUCACUCCUCUCAUGAGAGAAGAUGGGACCACUCUGUCAGAUGAGGUCCAUGAGCUGUACGUGUAUAAGUGUGAUGAGAACGCCACUUUCAGCAAUCAGGGCCUGUACCUGAGUCUGCCCUGCUGUAAAGAAGACUUUAACAGCUGUGCAAAUCUUCCGGCCAACCUGCCCUUUCAGAGGAGCCCCAAGGAAACCUUUUGGGUCUCAACCAUCCUCUGCUCCACCAAACUCACACAGAAUGUGGACCUCCUUGCCCUCCUGAAUUGGAAAGCCCACCCCGACAGAGUGCUGGACAUCCUGGGACGACUGCGUCAGAUCAAUGGAGAGGAGAUUGUCAAAUUCCUGCGAGAUGUUCUGGACACUCUUUUCUGUCUCCUGGAUGACAACACUGAUAAAUAUGGACCGUUGGUUUUCCAGUCACUGGUAUUCAUCAUUAACUUGCUCAGGGACAGCCGCUUCUACCACUUCAGACCUGUCAUGGACGCCUACAUCCAGAAUAAUUUUGCUGGGGCAUUAGCAUACAAAGAAUUGAUCCGGUGUCUGAAGUGGUACAUGGAUCGAUCCGCUGAGGUUGUGAGACAGGACCACAUCCAAGAGGCAAUGAGGGCGUUGGAGUACCUGUUCAAGUUCAUUGUGCAGUCUCGGAUCCUGUACUCACGAGCCACCUGUGGGAUGGAGGAGGAGCAGUUUAGAGCCAGUAUCCAGGAGCUCUUCCAGUCCAUCCGCUUUGUCCUGAGUCUGGACUCACGGAGCUCAGAGAAUCUGGUCUUCACACAGGCGGCCCUACUCAACAGCUUCCCAGAUAUUUUCGACGAGCUGCUGCAGAUGUUCACGGUGCAGGAGGUGGCAGAGUAUGUGAGGGGCACCCUGGGGAGCAUGCCCAGUACAGUUGACAUUGGACAGUCCAUGGAUGUGGUCAAACUGCAGUCCAUCGCACGCACUGUUGAAAGCAGGCUGUUCUUUUUCCCAGAGUCACGCAGCAUUUUGUUGCCUGUAGUGCUGCACCACAUACAUCUGCAUCUUCGCCAGCAGAGGGAGCUACUCAUUUGUUCAGGGAUCCUGGGCAGCAUAUUCUCCAUCAUCAAGUCAAGCUCUAUGGAGUCAUCUGUGCAGGAGGAGGUGGAAAUGAUGGUGGAGAGUCUUCUGGAUGUUCUGCUGCAGACCCUUCUGUCCAUCAUGAGCAAAUCGCACUCGGUGGAGACAUCUAGAGGACAACGCUGCCCCCAGUGUACAGCCGAGAUAACUGGGGAGUAUGUUUCUUGUCUUCUGUCUCUGCUCCGGCUGAUGACAGAGCUCCACUUCCAUCAUUUACUCAACAACUUCCACAGCAAAGAAGAGCUUAAGGAGUUUUUAUUGAAAAUCUUCUGUGUGUUUCGAAAUCUGAUGAAACUUACAAUCUUCCCUCGAGAUUGGAGUGUGAUGAGGCUCUUAACCAGUCAUAUCAUUGUGGUGACAACACAGUUCCUGUCUCCAGCGCUGCACAAGAACUUCUCAGAGGCCGACUUUGAUUUUAAGGUGUGGAACUCUUUCUUCAGUCUGACUGUACUGUACAUUAACCAACCCAGUCUGCAGCUCGAGUCUCUGAGUCCAGCUAAAAGAAAGAAAGUCUUUGACAAAUAUGGGGAUAUGCGUGUUGUCAUGGCCUAUGAGCUUUAUAGCAUGUGGCAAAAACUAGGUGACAACAAACCUCAUUUCAUCCCAGGAAUGAUGGGCCCUUUCCUCGGAGUCACUCUUGUACCUCAAACAGAAGUCCGAAAUAUCAUGAUCCCAAUUUUCCAUGAUAUGAUGGACUGGGAACAACGGAAAAACGGAAACUUCAAGCAGGUGGAGGCAGAGCUGAUGGAUAAACUGGACAGCAUGGUAUCAGAUGGGAAAGGGGAUGAUAAUCACAGAGAGCUCUUCAGUCUGCUGACACAAUUGUUUGGUCCGUAUCCAAGUCUGUUGGAAAAGAUUGAGCAAGAGACGUGGAGAGAAACAGGAAUCUCAUAUGUUACAUCAGUUACGAGACUAGUUGAACGGCUCCUGGAUUACAGGGACUGUUUGAAAGGUGAUGAGAUGGAGAACAAGAAAAUUGGAGGUUCAGUCAACCUAAUGAACUUCUACAAGUCAGAGGUGAAUAAGGAGGACAUGUAUAUCCGUUACAUCCACAAACUCUGUGACCUGCAUCUCCAAGCAGAAGACUUUACAGAGGCAGCCUUCACUCUGCUGCUGUACUGGGAGCUGUUGCAGUGGGAGGAUCGGCCACUCCGAGACUUUCUGCAUUAUCCCUGUCAGAGUGAGUGGCAGCGCAAAGAAAACCUGAGCCGCAAAAUACUGCACUACUUCAACAAGGGCAAGUGUUGGGAAUAUGGGAUCUCGUUGUGCCGGGAGCUGGCUUUCCAAUAUGAAAACUUAUAUGAUUAUCAGAGCCUCAGCUGGAUACGAAAAAUGGAGGCAGCAUAUUAUGACAACAUCAUUGAGCAGCAGAGGAUUGAACCAGAGUUUUUCCGAAUGGGUUUCUACGGACGCAAGUUCCCCUUCUUCCUCAGGAACAAGGAGUUUGUCUGCCGUGGGUAUGAUUAUGAGCGACUUGAAGAUUUCCAGCAAAGGAUGCUGGGAGAAUUCCCACAAGCCAUUGCCAUGCAGCACCCCAACCAACCUGAUGACACCAUCCUGCAAAGCGACGCACAGUACUUGCAGAUCUACGCUGUGACUCCAGUGUCGGACAUCUCAGACGUUCCUCAACUGGAGCGCGUCCCGGAGAGGAUCAAAAGCUUCUACAGAAUAAAUAAUGUCUCCCGCUUUCACUACGACAGGCCUUUCCACAAGGGCCCCAAAGACAGAGAGAAUGAGUUUAGGAGUCUCUGGAUUGAAAGGACAACCCUGAUUCUUUCCCGUCCCCUGCCUGGUAUCUCCCGCUGGGCCGAGGUGGAGAGAAGAGAGGUGGUGGAGGUGAGCCCGUUGGAGAAUGCCAUUUAUGUGGUGGAGAAUAAGACCCAAGAGCUUCGGACUCUCAUUAGCCAAUACCAGCACAGGCAGCAUCAUGGCAACAUCAACCCUCUCAGCAUGCUCCUCAACGGGGUCAUAGACGCAGCCGUGAAUGGAGGCAUCGCUAGAUAUCAGGAGGCAUUCUUUGAUAAGGACUACAUCAGCUGUCAUCCAGAGGACACAGAGAGAGUCACCCAGCUUAAAGAUCUCAUGCAGGAACAGGUUCACAUUCUCGGGGUUGGUCUGGCCGUCCAUGAGAAACUUGUGCAUCCAGAAAUGAGACCACUGCACAAGAAACUAGUGGACCAGUUCCACAUGAUGAGGACAAGCCUCCAUCACCAGGGAGUGCCAGGGGUGGACCGGUUUGGACCAGCUGGCUGCACAGGAGUCAACUCUCCCAGAGGAGUCCUGUCCACCCACAGUCACAUGAGUCCAGAGAGCAUCCGCCUAAUGCACAGGCACAGCCCUUUGAAUCUUCAGGGCUCUAUCCGCCACUCCUCCUCCUCUUUGUCCUCCCAAUCUAGUGAGGCUGGAAACCUGGUCAUCAUGACAGACGGCCUGAUGGGGGAGCACCCUGAGGAGGCCAUGCACAUGCAGCCGAGCCCCUCCUCCUCUAGUUUGAGCUCAAUUCGCUCCAACUCUUCCCAGAUUAUUAACUCUGCACCUUCCAGUGCCAGAGGAUCUCCAUCUCUACCGGACAAAGCCAAACACAACAGAGAAGUGAUGAUGCUGCUGCCGUCUCACCGCGAAAGGGCCAACAACAUGUACUACAACAUGGCCGAGAAUGGACAGAACAACCACAUGCAGCGUGCCUUAAUCCAGCAAGUCAGCCCCUGUAAGCCCUGUGCCGAUCCUCAUAUGAACCUGCAAGAGAAAGUCUUUACAAACACACAGAACAGCUGGAGUUUGGAUGGUGACAACCGAGAGUCCUACAUCCCCCCUUCAACUGGAGGUUCCAUAAUGCCCCCGGCUCCACCCAGAUCCUUUCCACAAGGACACUUCCUGAUGCACUGUGAUGCGUUCCACCACCAGAGCACUGAGCCCCCUCCGGCUUUGCCUGUUCGCUCCCUCAGAAAGUCUCCACUCCACCCGAUACCUGGUUCGCCCACUAGCCCUCAGUCGGCACUAGGGGGUAGUAACUCCACUUUAUCAGGCAGUGCCAGCAGCGGCGUGUCCUCACUGAGUGAGAGUAACUUCGGGGGCCAGUAUCCAGAGCCUGGUCCCAUCAGAAACGAUGCACUGGAGCCCCUCCCCAGUCACCUGUGGUCCCCCCCAGAUGAGUACAUGUCCUCCCCGUACCUCCACAUACACUAUGGGGGGUCAGAGUUGGAGCCCGUGGACCCAGUGCGACCCUUCCACUACCGGAGCCCUACAUCGCACCCGCACACCCAUCAGCACCCGCACUCCCACCCUCAUGCCCACUCUCACCCACACGCUCACCCGCACAUGGGACUGGAUUCAGGGCACUCACAUGGACCGCCGCCCUCACAUCACCAUCCCACCCCCCAUGGACCCCAUCACAUCCCCUACCGCAGACCUCAGCCUCCUCCAGCGGUCCCGCCCAAACCCUACCUGAGAGAGGGGUGCAUCCCAGAGGAGGAGCUGGCCCCUCAGCCCAUCCCGCUGCCCAGACGAAUCUUCCACUCACCCCACAGCCACAGGGACGACGGGGUCAAACACGCCUGGGAGACGUGCAUCAGCGAGGAGCACGAGGAAGCGCAGUGAUGAGGCUGGAUUCAUCCAAAAGUACGAGUCUUGUUUUCAUUUCUUUAUCUGCAAAGACACAGGCACCAGAGCCUGUGUUGGUGCAGAUGAGGGAAAUAAACAGCUCUAAAAAGAGGAUCAAGCGUUUCUGCUCCAGUGAGUUUAUGUGUUGAUGAAGACACUGACUGUUCAGACUUGAACAUGAUUGUACACAACUGUACAACUAGUUUGUGAGCAUGUUUUCCAUUUGAGAUAAACUCCACCGUUUUGUGAACGAUGACAAUAUGACCAUACUCACGAUUGUUGGUGCAGCUGUUGGCGCUCUUCAUUUGGCUUUGUCAUUUUGCACCACAAUGCAACACAGAUGGCUCUUUUUACAGUCCAGUGACUUUUGUGCUUAAAGCUACAUUUACAGUAUAGAAUAUUCUUAUUUUGAUAAAUUUGCUACAUUGUAGUGUUUUCAAAGGCGUAUCUCCAUAAUGUUUUUAAAACACUGUUAAGUGCUCCUUAAUAGUGAGUCAUAUCAGUGGUGCACUCUGAUGCUGCCAGCUCCAUAACCUGCAGGUCCUGGGACACUACAGUCACUGGUGAAUAUUCAUCCAUACAAAGUGUAUGGACACAAUAUGAAUGUAUUUAGAUGAGAUGUUAUUUAUAUUGCACAAGAUGCAAAACUGGAUUUUGUUCAAGUGCUUUAAGUCUCUGUAGACGUGUGUACUUGUUCCUUUUGUGAGAGAAGGAUUGGUGCAGAUAAAACGGAGGAGUGGACAGAGGAAUGAUGUUAUAGCUUGGACAUAAAGAAGAUCUCACAUGAGGACUCUUACCUUUAGCACCUGCGGGACACUAACACAACAGCACAUCUGUCUCUGCUUCCUUCAUCUUUCCUCUCGGCUGUGUAACAGUGAGGGCUAUCGUGGACAGGCGCGGGCCAGUGUCAGACAUGCCUACUACCUGCCUUAAGUGCACUCAACGCAGUUUCACCUCUCACCUGGACAUUUAGCAACACUACUUCUUAUGUGCUCACUGGUGGAAAAAUGGAUCUACCUACUUACAUUUCUCUAUGGUUUUGUUCCGCUUUGGUUACAGGUUGUUGUUUGAUUUGUUGCGCUGAUAUUUCUCUUCUGCCUGCAGCGAUUUUCAGUCAUUUUGUUUAUAUGGAAACUAAUUAUGUGUUUGCAAAAGCCCAGAGUGAGUGCAUGGUUUUACUUUAGUGAGAUGGAAGCGGAGUGCUCGAUGAUGCAGAACAAGCUGGAAGGAUAUAGCUAAUAUUUUACAGUUGUUUUCCUGCAGGUGGAUGCUUUGUGUUACUGUACAUCAAGUUGUCAGCUGACUAGACAACAUCUAUUUUUGUAUGUAGGGUCAUCAGUGCGUGACAUAUCUCAGACAGGGAGAAGGUACUGCAGCUGCUGUACUUUGAAUGAGAAUGAGGAUAGAGUAUAUAGAUUAGUGAGUAUUUAUGAGUAUGUGGAGGAUUACGUAUGGGUGAAGAGAUACUCACAAUAUAGGUACAAUAGAAUUUUUGUAAAUCUGUUAUUGUACAUACUGCAGUAUUGUGAAAUAUUUUUGAGAAUUAUUGCCAAUGCCCCAAAAGCGUUUAUUGUUGUUUUGUGUAUAUACAUGUAAUCCAGAGAUUAAUGUAAUUGAUAAAUAUCUAUAAUUGGUGUUUGGAAAAAGGACAAAUUCAUCUGGCUGUGGCUGUCUCCACUGUUCUACUCAUAGAAAUCCUUUAUACACUUUUCAAUGUGCUUUCCUGUACAUAUGGUGUUAGCAUGAUCAAACAGUGUUUGGUUGUAAUAGUGGUUUUCCUACUCCCAUAACUGCUGUGGUAUGGAACUCAUUAACAAUACCAAACAUUAAAGACAAUCUUUUAUCAGCAAA